CGUAAUUGGUCUUCAUCUCUCGCCGUAGAAGAAGAGCUGCAGCCUCUCAGCAUCAGCACCAGCAGAGACGUCUCCCUCCUCCGAUCUGUGCUCUCCUCCUCUCCGUGCACUGCGGAACAUCUGCCUGUUCUCCUCCAGUCCCUCCGCCAUGGACAACUCCGGCAAAGAGAAGGAGGCCAUGCAGCUGAUGGCUGAAGCCGACAAGAAGGUCAAAGCGUCCGGAUCCUUCCUCGGGGGGAUGUUCGGGGGGAACCAUAAGGUGGAGGAUGCCUGUGAAAUAUACGCCAGAGCAGCCAACAUGUUUAAGAUGGCAAAGAACUGGAGUGCUGCGGGGAAUGCUUUCUGUCAGGCCGCUCGGCUCCACAUGCAGCUGCAGAACAAACUGGACUCCGCCACCAGCUUUGUCGACGCCGGCAACGCCUACAAGAAGGCAGACCCACAGGAGGCCAUCAACUGUCUAAAUCAGGCCAUUGACAUCUACACUGACAUGGGUCGUUUUACCAUCGCAGCCAAACAUCACAUCACUAUAGCGGAGGUUUAUGAGGCCGAGCUGGUUGAUAUUGAGAAGGCCAUUGCCCACUAUGAGCAGGCAGCAGACUACUACAAGGGGGAAGAAUCUAACAGCUCAGCCAACAAAUGUCUUCUGAAGGUGGGACACUACAGCGCUCAGCUGGAGCUGUAUCCGAAGGCCAUUGAAAUCUAUGAACAGGUAGGUUGCUAUGACACCAUGGACAAUCCUCUGUUGAAGUACAACGCUAAGGAGUAUUUCUUCAAGGCUUCACUCUGUCACUUCAUAGUGGAUGAACUGAACGCCAAGUUGGCCAUAGAAAAGUAUGAGGAGAUGUUUCCUGCCUUCUCAGACUCUAGAGAGCUCAAACUCUUAAAGAAACUCCUAGAUGCCCACGAGGAGCAGAACAGCGAGGCGUUCACGGAGGCUGUGAAGGAGUUUGACUCGGUGUCUCGUCUGGACCAGUGGUUGACCACGAUGCUGCUCCGCAUCAAAAAGACCAUCCAGGGAGACGCUGGGGACCUGAAAUAGACAAGUUUACAGAUAGGGGAGUCAGGGGGAGACAAGGGAAAAGAGGGGGGGUUAAACGAGAAGAAUUAUCAGGAUAGAGAAAUUUAGUAACUAAACGAAAGAAAGGGAGAAUGACGGGCAGUGUAAAGAUGUGUUUUGGUGGAAGGAAGGUCUACAAGAAGAGAGGCGGAGAGACGGACAUAUGAAGGGGGGUAAAAGGGAGGGAGGGUGGGACUGAGGGAGUUUACAGUUGUAUAUAUCAGUCUGCAUGUGACCCCAAAAUAACUAAGCAUUACCUUAAAACCCCCUUUAGAUGACCCUGUGUCCCUCGUCCUACAGUAUUGCUCCCGUAACAGACAGAAUUGUACUUAAAGAGAAAGAAAUAAAAGGUGUGUGCGUGAAAGAGAGACUGAGUGUGUGUGUGGUGUGGUGUGUGGUGUGUGUGUGUGUGGUGUGUGUGUGUGUGUGUGUGUGUGUGUGUGUUGUGUUUGUGCGUGUCAACUGCAGUAAGGUACAUUAUACACUAUUUGAUGGGGAAGUGUGCAGGCCAUAUAGAUUUAAGGAUUAAGUAUGUUAUUACAAAGGGAUAAUAAUGCUAUUUAUGAGAUAAUUGAUAUUUAUUGUCAAUACUGAAAAUAUUAUUUGUUGUUAUGGUACCAGUGUACGAUUUGUCUUACUAUUUAGGCAUUAGCCCUUCUUCUUACCCGGUCCCUUAUCUGUUCCCCCUGUCCUCCCCCUCCUCCACCCUCCUCCUCCCCCUCCUCACCCUCCUCCUCCUCCAUCUUCCCUUAUCCUCUCCUCACCCCUACACAUUGUCAAAGUCUGUGAUGUCACCCAUUGUGAUUGGUUUCUUCCUUGUGUUCUGGCCAACGGUCAGUCGGUGCAGUUAGCCGACGGGGCUUACCACGCCGUCACUGCCUCGUUUGUGCAUGUCUUUUUGUCAUGUUGAUGUAAGUGUUCUCUGUGUCGUGCUACCGUGUGAAGAACAUACAUGUAGCCUGGUAUCAUUUGUGUGAAAUCAGUAAACAUGUACCUCUGAUACCGAGUUGAAAUAAAAACAUCAUCGCUAUA